AUGGACACUCCCUCAUCCGGCACGAUCGACCUCGAACAUGGCGAGAGGGGCCUACGAAAGCGACUAACCCUCACAUUUCGGAAUGUCAGUGUCCACGUUACAGCGCCGGAUGCUGCCUUGGGAGACACACUUCUCUCCGUGGCUGAUCCGCGGCAGUACCUGGGUUUCUUGAAAGGGAGUCGGCCGAAAAGGACUAUCCUGAAAGAUGUCAGUGGGCAGGUCAAACCAGGCGAAAUGUUACUGGUGCUUGGUCGUCCCGGGUCAGGAUGUACCUCGCUUCUGCGCGUCCUCUCCAACGACCGCGAAUCUUUUGACGAAGUCGUCGGCGAAACCCAAUACGGGAGUAUGGACCACGUCGCUGCGAGACGCUUCCGGCAGCAGAUAAUGUUCAACAACGAGGACGACGUGCACUUCCCCACGCUGACGGUCAACCGCACGAUGAAGUUUGCGCUGCGGAAUAAGGUGCCCCGGGAACGGCCGGACGGACAAGGGUCCAAGGAGUUUGUGCAGGAGCAGCGGGAUGCGAUCCUCGAUUCGCUGGGGAUUCCGCACACGACGAAGACGCUGGUAGGAAACGAGUUUAUCCGCGGUGUCUCUGGUGGUGAACGGAAGCGUGUGUCGCUCGCCGAGGUGAUUGCCGGACAGAGCCCGAUACAAUUCUGGGAUAAUCCGACCCGUGGUCUCGACUCCAAGACGGCUGUUGAAUUCGCCCGGUUGCUGCGCCGCGAGGCGGACAUUAACCACAAGACUAUGGUGGCCACCAUGUACCAGGCUGGCAACGGCAUCUACAACGAGUUCGACAAGGUUCUGGUUCUGGCCGACGGACGGGUGACCUAUUACGGACCGCGCCAGCUGGCAAGGAGCUAUUUCGAGGAUAUGGGCUUCGUCUGUCCGAAGGGAGCCAAUAUCGCUGACUUUCUGACCUCUGUGACUGUGCUCACCGAGCGCAUUGUACGGCCCGGGAUGGAGGACAAAGUUCCCAGCAGCGCGGACGAAUUCGAGAGCCGCUAUCGCCAGAGCGAUAUCUAUCAAAAAGCAAUGGAAGGUGUUGACCCGCCGGAGAAACUCACCCACGAGGUGGACGAGCUGACGGCCGCCGUGGCCAGUGAGAAACGCAAGCGGCAUUUACCUCGGGCCCCAAGUGUCUAUACCACAAGUCUCUGGGAGCAGAUACGGGCGUGCACCAUCCGCCAGUUCCAGAUUAUGGCAGGAGACAGACUGUCUCUCAUAAUCAAGGUGGUAUCAGCCAUCCUGCAGGCCUUGGUCUGCGGAAGUCUGUUCUACAACCUCAAAGACGACAGCUCGUCCAUCUUCCUGCGCCCGGGCGCGCUGUUCUUCCCUGUUCUCUAUUUCCUUCUUGAAUCCAUGUCCGAAACGACCGCCUCGUUCAUGGGCCGGCCUAUUCUCUCACGCCAGAAGCGGUUCGGAUUCUACCGGCCGACGGCAUUCUGCAUCGCCAACGCCAUCACCGACAUCCCUGUGGUCCUCGUGCAGGUCUCUUGUUUCUGCAUCAUCCUAUACUUUAUGGCAGCCCUGCAGAUGGACGCCGGUCGGUUUUUCACUUAUUGGAUUAUUGUCAUCGCAAACACGCUCUGUUUCAUGCAGAUGUUCCGCGCGGUGGGCGCCCUCUGCAAGCGAUUCGGCAACGCAUCCAAGAUCACCGGGCUGCUAUCGACCAUUUUCUUUGUCUAUGGAGGCUACCUCAUCCCAUACGAGAAAAUGCACGUCUGGUUCCGCUGGAUCUUCUACCUCAACCCCGGCGCAUACGCCUUCGAGGCCCUCAUGGCCAACGAGUUCGUCGGGAAAUCGCUCCAGUGCGUGCAGCCGGACUACAUUCCCUACGGGUCUGGAUAUCCCGGCUCGGAAUCCCCGUACCGGGGGUGCUCGAUUCCCGGGAGCGAGGGCGACAUGAUUAUGGGGGCGGAGUAUAUCCGCGCGCAGUACAGUUACUCGUGGCAUCACAUCUGGCGGAGCUUCGGGGUGAUUGUCGGCUUCUGGGUUUUCUUUAUCGUCUUGACGGCGAUGGGGCUCGAGUUGCUCAAUAGCCAGGGCGGAUCGUCUGUGUUGCUGUACAAGCGGGGGAGCCAGAAGACAAAAUCGGGAGAAACCCCGACCCCGGUGCAGGAGGCCGCGCUGGAGUCGCAUGUCAAGCAGUCGACCUUCACCUGGCAUGACCUCGACUAUCAUGUACCCUACCAGGGCGAGAAGAAGCAGCUCCUGGAUAAGGUGUUUGGGUUCGUGAAGCCAGGGAACCUGGUUGCGCUGAUGGGGUGUUCAGGUGCUGGAAAGACGACACUUCUGGAUGUGCUGGCCCAACGCAAGGACAGCGGCGAGAUCUAUGGUUCGAUUUUGAUUGACGGCCGGCCGCAAGGAAUCAGUUUCCAGCGCACGACGGGAUACUGCGAGCAGAUGGACGUGCACGAGGCGACGGCCACGGUCCAGGAGGCUUUGGUGUUUUCAGCGCUCCUGCGCCAGCCGGCUCAUGUUCCGCGGGAGGAGAAACUGGCCUACGUAGAUCACAUCAUUGAUCUGUUGGAGCUGCGGGAUAUCAGCGACGCGUUGAUUGGAGUCCCUGGCGCCGGGUUGAGCAUCGAGCAGCGGAAGAGAGUCACGCUCGGCGUGGAACUCGUCGCCAAACCGACAUUGCUCUUUCUGGAUGAACCCACCAGCGGUUUAGACGGACAGUCCGCGUACAACAUCAUCCGGUUCCUGCGGAAGCUGGUCGACGGCGGCCAGGCGGUGUUGUGCACGAUCCAUCAGCCCUCCGCUGUUCUUUUCGAGGCCUUUGACUCGCUCCUGCUGCUCGCUCGCGGCGGCAAGAUGGCGUACUUUGGUGAAACAGGCAAAGACUCGCAGAUCGUCCUGGACUACUUCGCUCGGCAUGGAGCGCCGUGUCCACUGGACGAAAACCCCGCCGAGCACAUCGUCGAGGUGAUUCAAGGCAACACGGACAAGCCGAUCGAUUGGGUGCAGGUGUGGAACGAGUCCGAGGAGAAACAGCGCGCCCUUACCCAGCUGCAAGACCUCAACGCCCGCGGCAAAGCCGACACCAACUACGUUGAGGAUACUGCCGACUUCGCGACCUCGAAAUGGUUCCAGUUUACGAUGGUGACCAAGCGGCUGAUGGUGCAGUUGUGGCGGUCGCCGGACUACGUCUGGAAUAAGAUUAUUCUGCAUGUGUUUGCGGCGCUCUUCAGCGGCUUCACCUUUUGGAAGAUCGGUGACGGCACGUUUGACCUGCAGCUGCGGCUGUUUGCGAUUUUCAAUUUCAUAUUUGUUGCGCCGGGGUGCAUCAACCAGAUGCAGCCGUUCUUCCUGCACAACCGGGAUAUUUUCGAAGCGAGAGAAAAGAAGUCCAAAAUCUACCACUGGCUCGCCUUCAUCGGCGCCCAGACCGUCUCCGAAAUCCCCUACCUCAUCCUCUGCGCCACCCUCUACUUCGCCUGCUGGUACUUCACCGCAGGAUUCCCCGCCACCGCCAGCAUCUCGGGACACAUGUACCUGCAGAUGAUCUUCUACGAGUUCCUGUACACGUCGAUCGGGCAGGGGAUCGCGGCAUACGCGCCCAACGAGUACUUCGCGGCGGUGAUGAACCCCGUGCUGCUCGGCGCGGGGCUGGUCAGCUUCUGCGGUGUGGUGGUGCCCUAUUCGCAGAUGCAGCCAUUCUGGCGGUACUGGCUGUACUACCUCGAUCCGUUCACGUACCUGGUCGGAGGCCUGCUCGGCGAGGUCCUCUGGGAUGUGCAGGUGCGCUGCGAGCCGUCGGAACUGGUGCGGUUCAGUGCGCCGGCGGGACAGACGUGCGGCGAGUACAUGGCUGCGUUUCUGGCGGAGAAGCCGGGGUAUCUGGUUGAUGGGAAUGCGACGGCCUGCGAGUUCUGCCAGUAUUCCACUGGGGCGGACUAUGCGCGGACGUUUAAUCUGAAGGAGCGGUAUUAUUCUUGGAGAGAUACCGGGAUUACGGCGCUGUUUUGCAUUUCGAGCUAUGCGAUGGUGUUUUUGAUGAUGAAGCUGAGGAGCAAGAAGACCAAGAGUGCCAGGUCGGAGUAG